CCAGCCCUUGACAAUUGAGGCAGCUUCAUCAAUUGCAUACAGCCGAUGUGUGCUAGUUUCUAGUUGCAAUUCCCACGUCAGCUGAUCUGGGGCUAGCACAAACGUAAACUAAGUAUCUGUUUAGGUACCACAAUGAGAUUGUUAGUAGAAACGCUCAGAGGCAAAUCCACGAAAAUGCUUCGACUGCGGAUGAUCCGGUUUUCCCGAUUCAAACUUCUGCUUUUGUUGAUACUUUGUGUUGCAUUUUACUUCCUGGCUCGAUGGCAGAUAGUUUCGCAUAGUAAAUCUUCGGAAUCGCGAUUUCUGCACACCUGCAACGUAUCGGACUCAUAUAGAAUCGAGCUCGAAAGGCUGUUUGAAAGAGUACACAACAUACUUGAGGAGCAGCAAAUCAUUCACUUCCUUUGCUACGGUACCCUAUGGGGACAGAUUCGAAUGGGUCGAUUGUUACCGUGGAGGAAGAAAGCAGAUUUCUGUGUGCUCAAUGAGGAGCUGGUAACCCGGGAAGAGGCACGCUUUCUGCGAUAUUUCAUCAAUCAAGAUCUUCAAAUUUACUACGUACACUCCGAGGGCGUGUACAGGAUAUUCGUGGAUGACCCAGAAACAGGACCCUACGUCGAGUUGAUCGUUUUCCAGCGGGAUGAUAUGCAAUCGAUGUACAAGCGAAUCGGCUGGAAGCGGCGCCUGAUGCCACCGCACUGCGAUUGGACUCCGUCGCUGGACUGCUUCCCGGUGCAUUUGCUGCAGAUUCCGCUGCCACAACGUCGGCUGGGUCAGCACAUCUACAGCGUUCCGAUGGGAGGCAUCGAGAUACAGAAGUAUCAUUACAGCGAGAACUGGUGGAAAGAUAUUAGGGUUUUCAAUUGCUGAGUUUAGUUACAGUUAAAUAGUUGUUCGUUAGUUUUUUUUUAUCGCAAUGAAUGAUUCAGUACCAUGUGAUAAUAUUUAGAAGCUAAUUUAUGGAAUUUUCUGUUA